AUGCUUUCGCCUCUUCCUUUCCAAGAUUCCCUCAUUCAGCCCUCAAAGUUCGAUUCCUGUACCCGUAACCUUGUGACAGAGUCCGACGUCUACCACGACAUUGGGCUCAUCGUAUCUGCUUCAGUUUCACCUAUUCCAUCAGACUCCCCCACCCUGGACGAAGAUCGCCUUUCUUCGCCGACCUCCCCCCCCGGUACCACCCCCAAUUUCCAGUAUGGCCAUCGCAUGUAUGACGAGCCAGUAUCCCCCGGAACCAUGUACGAUUCUGAUCAGCCAGCACCCCCGCCCCAGGUUCCAUUUUCGUACGAAUCUACCCCAAACCAGACCCAGAAUUACUCCCAGUCUGCACUCAGUUCGCUGAGAGAUUCGGACCCUCCGGCUCCUUCUUACCUUUCCGAUUCGCCUUCUCCAGUUGACGUACACUCUUCGUCAACUCUCACCCAGUCCAUGUCUUCCUCUUAUACCUCUCAGGACCGCUAUCCACACCGUUCUAGUAUAUCCGGCAGAUAUCAAACCUACCCUCCUAACUAUCUCGAUCAGAGGCGCAUGUCCGAGCCAUCCGUACACUACCCCGUGGAGACGGAAGGCUUCAGGUACACAGAGGGCACCCCAAGCACUGGCCACGCUCCUCCCCGCGCCGUGGGGUAUCUUCAGCGAGGGGCAAGCCUCAGGGACCUGCGUCAGCAAUACCAGUCUAUGGAUUACCCCACUUGCCAACCAGUUUCUCCAGGAAGCAACUGGAGAUCCGCUGAUGACUCUUUUCGUCCCAAUCAAGAGCCCAUCUCGCCCUACCAACCCAAUUUCUCGGGAUCUAAUACCUCGCCCACCGCUGGUAUCUCGUAUUCACAGGGAAAUGAGGAUCAUUACGGCCCGUCACCCCCAGGAACAGGUACUUCCACUUCAUCUGCUCCUUCGGCGCGUACAUCCACUCAUAAAGAACUUGUCAUUCCUCCUCAAGGCGUUCACCAGUCUCCCACAAGUCCUCACGACUCCGACGCCAGUAAACGAUACUCAUUCGUCGCUUUGGCCGGGAACGCCGUAAAAAAGCGCCCCCGCAGAAGGUAUGACGAGAUCGAGCGGCUGUAUCAGUGCACCUGGCCAGACUGCAACAAAGCGUAUGGCACCCUCAACCAUCUGAACGCGCAUGUAACCAUGCAAAAGCACGGCCCUAAGCGUAGUCCCAACGAAUUCAAGGAGCUGCGAAAACAGUGGCGCAAAGCAAAAAAGGAAUCCGAGUUUCCCUCCUCCAACCUGAUGAGGCGGAGUAGUAUGGGACGCCUUGGAGACGAGAUAUACGACUCUCGGUACCAGCACCAGCGGUACUCGUACCCACCUCCACUGAACAUUCUUCCUUCGGGCGUCUCAAUGUCGCAUGUGCAACCCGAACGUUACUCUGUUGCCGACGACAUUCGGUACCCAUCCGACGAUCGCAGUCAUCGUAUUGUCGAACGCACAAAUUACGAUGAACGUAACAGGUAUUCCGCGCCUUCUGGCUGGCAACCACCACCACCGAGUAGCUACACCCGCUCUCAAUCGCAAUACCCGUCCGUUCCAUUCCCUCCUCCGAGUAGUCUUGUUGCACAGCACAGUCUUCAUCCUGUUCCUCCGAACCGCUCAGAGUACGUCCGCCCUACUUCGCCGUCACCCCCGGUGAACCGGCUACCACCCAACAGCACCCUUCUUACGCCGCUUCCAGGCUAUGAGCCCCCCACGUCGCUGCCACUCCCCUCUCUAGAUCCCAGCAUAGAUCUGGACUACGCAAACGAGGGCUAUUACGAUGAUGAGAGCGGGAGAAGACCUGGUUCCGGGCAUGCUGGUGUGAGUGGCGAUGAAUAUUGAAGUAUUCGAGCCGCGCAGGUUCCGAACGCCAACCGCUAUCGGUUUUUUAACUAGACGGUUAGCUGUACAUCUCUUUCGACUUGCCUACUGUCCACCGCUACCCACCCUAGUCCCGCCUACUCGCUUUCCUCGCGCCUGUCUGGACACCGAACAAGCUUGUAGGCUCCACCUACGAUUGAAUCGCUCCCCAAAGGUUCCUCAUAUCUGUACUACCGGGUCAUAUCCCAGAUACAACUUCUUGCAUAUAUUUUAAACCCCCCCUUUGCCCAACGUUACAUCCCGGAUUUUAACUAUCCUACAUCGGUCACUGUCAUUUGUUUUCGUAUGCAUUAUGCUCCGCCACUUGUACGAUUCUCUCUAGUCAAAUAGGUAUCAUUAAUCGCCGUUACA